UCAGUUUGUGCUGGUGUAGUUAAAUUUUUUCAUAAUUUCCGUCAUCCGAUCUUCUAUAGAGAUAGUAUAUUCUUAUAGCUUAUCAUAGUAUCGAUACUUAUAGAUUUUUGAAAACUUUGCGAAAUAAAUUUUACAAAUUGAAGAGGUAUCUUUUUCUCUUGACGUCCAUCCUCUCCAUUUCCUAAAAUUUCAGAUUAGCCUAGGAGCUGAGAGGAAAUCAAUUAUAAGAGUUGGUGAUAUUUCCGAAAAUAAUUUUGAGUAUUAACUAGAAGUUUGUUAUUAUUAAAAAAUAUUGGAAAUGAAAUGACGGGCCAUUAGGUUGUCACAUACGGUUGAUAAUCCGAAACAUGAUCUUUCCUUUUAAUUGAAUUUGUGGGACCUUUUCCCUCCAGAGCGGUUGUUUGAUAUGACUGGCAGAAUUCUAGAUGUCUCUGUGCUGAAUUAAAAAUGGCAGCCAUAAGGGAUAAGACUUGAUAGUAACGUCUUUAAUUUUUCAAAGAAAAAAUUCAAAUUUCUUGUCAUUUUAGAUAUUUAACUAUUACAUUGUAAUUAUUUGAGUGUUUUUAAGGGGAUCAACGUCCAUGGCAAGAGAUUCUCGACGGAGGAGAUCUAGAUCUAGAUCUCGCAGCACUUCCAGCAGUCCCGACCGUGGCAGGAGGAGGAGGAGUCGAUCCCGCAGCAGGGAUCGUUUUCGUAGAUCACACAGUCGGGAUCGACGUACUCCUGAGAGAUUUCGAAGAUCUCGUUCUAGAGACAGACGAAGAAAUAAUAGAAAAUCAGCGGAAGAAAAUGAAAAUAGAAAAACUCAAAGAAGUUCUAAGCAGAGAUCAAGAAGUCGAUCAAGAGAUCGUCGCUACAGAAGAUCUCGUUCCCGUGGACGUCGUUCUCGAUCACGUUCGCCACGCUCCUACGAACAUUCCAGAAGGGAUAGACGUUCCAGAAGUGGCGAGCGCAGUAGAAAAUCCCAUUCCGAUUCAAAAGAUUCAAAAAAAGAUGAUGACAAAAAAGCAGAAGAAGGCUUCAAAUUCGAGGACUUUGAUGAGGCCAAAUUUGGAAUGCUAGACAAAGAAGCUCAACAAAGACAACUUGAAAUGGAAAUGCAAAAACGUAGAGAACGUAUAGAAAAAUGGCGCGCAGAACGCAGAAAAAAAGAAAUAGAAGAAGGAUCUGGCACAGCACCAAUUAUAAUAUUGCCUCCAACAAAAAAAUGGACACUAGAAGAUGACGAAGAUGAAGACAUGCCAGCUACGGAAACAACUGAAACCAGUAAAAGUGAAGAACCAGAACAGACAACAGGAGGUAACGAGGAAGAUGUUGAUCCACUCGAUGCAUAUAUGCAGGGAAUUCAGGAAGAAGUGAGGCAAUUAAGGCAUAAGAAUGUGAAGAAAGACCCAACUGGCGAGGAAAAAGGUCAAGGAAAAGUAACUGUCAUCAUGGGGGUGGCUAAGAAGAAAGAUGCUUCACGUAAAGGAGAGUUGAUGGAACAGGAUCAAGAUGCUUUAGAAUAUUCUUCAGAAGAGGAAACAGAAGAUCUGCAAUCAGCUAUGUCAAAUCUGCAGGCAAAUAAAACUAAAAAGCUCGUCACCAUCAGUAAGAAUGAUAUUACAUAUUUGCCUUUUCGUAAGAAUUUCUAUGUGGAGGUUCCAGAAUUAGCCAAGAUGACUCCUGAUGAGGUUGAAAGUUAUCGCGAUGAAUUAGAAGGUAUCAAAGUUCGAGGGAAAGGUUGUCCGAAACCGAUCAAAAAUUGGGCACAGUGUGGAGUAAGCAAAAAAGUUUUGGAAAUAUUAAAGAAGUAAGUUAGAAAAAUUACAA